AUUACCUUACCACUUUCAAACGAGAGGAACUCUGGGAUACCAUUACCAGGUCCAGUACACAUAGAUACAUCCCAGCAGCCAGUAUUGGUUAAUGCAUUGCAAUCUCAGUCACAGACAUCACUACCAAUCGCUAUAGCUCCAACAUCUCUACCUGUUGCUGUAACAGCGGCAUCACUCAUGCCAAUAACAACUAUAGCAUCAGAAAGACAACAACAACAACAACCUAAUUCUCAACAACCAAUUAGCAUUAAUGUCAACAUCAAUAUGGGUGGUGGUGGAAACAACAUGCUUGUACCAUCGAAUCGUCAGAUUGGUAAAGAUACGUCUGUCUCUUCACCUAAUGAUGUUACAACCAUACAUUGUAUUACCACCAAUUCUAACCAGGCAGAUGCUGUUACCAUGGUUCCAAUAAAUAAACAAGCUGAUAUGGAAAAUAUUCUGACAGAGACAUUAGUAACGGAACUAUGGUGUGUUGACUGUGAAUGUAGUCAUUGUGGUGACUGUCCACAACAUGGUCCUUUAAAUCUGAUUGAAGAUACACCAAUAGAAAGCAAAGCCAGGAUGAGUUUACCAAAACUAUUGAGAUUUCAAAAAUCAAUGAUUUCUAACCAUUCUGUAGGUGUUUGGACAUAUGAAUCACUGGGCAGUAGAUGUCAAUUUGGUCCUCUGAAUGGCAAAAUAAUCAAAAAGAACGAUGAAACUAUUCCACAGGAAGUGCUCAACUCACCGAUGGUUUGGGAGAUAUUCAUUGAUGGUAAGUCAAGUCAUUACAUCGAUGGCAGAGAUGAGUCUGAGUCAAAUUGGAUGAUAUUUGUCAAGAGAGCUAGAAGACAGUCGGAACAGAAUUUAGUUGCAUACCAAUAUGGAAAUAGUAUUUAUUUCACAACAAAACAUUCGAUAGAACCUGGGAAGGAAUUACUACUUUGGUAUAACAGAGAAUAUGCAAAACUUAUAGGUGUGACAGAAAAACCUGAAGAGUCUUACAAAUGCAGUAAAUGUGAGAAGCAGUUUGCUGAUUUGAGUCAACUUGGUCGUCAUAUGAAAUACUCGCAUCCUGACAUGAGCUGUAGGAAAUGGAAAUGUCACAUGUGUGACCGAGCGUUUACAUCAUCCGCUAAAUUAAACGUACAUGUGUUGGUUCAUAUGGGUGUCAAACCACAUAAAUGUGAACACUGUGAUAAGACAUUUACUGAUCCGAGUAAUCUUAGGAUGCAUGUCUCCAUACACACUGGACUUAAGAAAUUUCAAUGUGAUAUUUGUGGUAAUUCAUUCCGUCAGAAAGCACAUUUACUUUCCCACAAGAUCACACAUACUGGAGAAAAGAAACUGAAGUGUCAAUAUUGUGAUAAGAUGUUUAGUCGACAUUCUGACGUCAAACAGCAUACAUACAUGCAUACCAAGGAAAAGGAGGUGCCAUGCCAAGAAUGUGGUAAGACAUUCUGGAGACUUCAGCACUUGAAAAAACACAUGAAAGUACACUCUGGCGAAAGAAACUAUAAAUGUGAGAAAUGUCAAAAGGGAUUUGUCACUAAGUACCACCUAAAAAGACACAGUGAAGCAUGUAAAGGACCAAAAGAGAAUAAAUCCACAACAACAAAAACAACAAAAAACAGUUCCACAGUACGCAUGGCAGCUGAUAGUAGUAAUGAACCGAGUAAGACUAUUGAUAGACCCAGACGAACUCGGCGACUUAGACGGCGUAAUAAUUAUGAUGAUGAUGAGGAGGAACAACCAGAAGAUUUUCAACGUCGUGCACAUGUACCUCAACAAGCAGCGCAUCAAACGCAUCAACCUGAAAUAUUACAAAUACCGCAACAUUCUUCCAGUUUGCUUAGCCAUCAGGCCAGCAAUGUCUCUCUCGGCCCAUCAACAUAUCAAACUUCCGGAAUGCAUCAACCGAAUAUGUUGCUACAAAGUCAUCAUCUUCAGCAUCCCAUUAUUACAGUGCCUGUCACCUCAAGUAUACCUAUCAUUCAGAAUUUGCCACUUACACACACCAUUCCCAACACUGCUCACAAUAUCACCAUCUUGCCUAACAUGCCCCUGAAUUUACCCUCAAUGACAGCUGCACAGCAUAACUUACCCACAAUUACAUCGCACAGCAUACUCCCCAUUCCCAGCACAUCCCAUAGUUUACCCACAAUGCAAACUACAUCCCAUAAUAUGCAAACAAUGUCUGAUGAAGUGAUAACCAAUGAAGUUUGUGAAGCAUCCUCUAAUCAAGAACAAGAUGCAGUCACAUCUAGCAUAGAAGAAUAA